GAGGGAGAACUCAGUCCAGCCUGGGCCCUGACCUAGGCCACCGUGGGGAGAGGAGACGACCUACCUCAGUCCCUCCCACGGACUCUGGGCCUCAUCCCCCCACCGCUCCCGGACCUCAGUCCCACCGAGGAGCUACCGCGGGAGUGGCUGGGAGUGGAUUGAAUCAACAGACUCAUCUACUGGCCACUGUGUAAACUAAAACGAGAAAAGACAUUUAUUUAACAGCUGUUUAACCUUUUUACAAAAUCACCAUGUCUGAUGAAAUGUCUAGCAAUAUUUUGGCCUAUACCAAGAGUCCAAAAAUCACCAAAAGAACUACUUUCCAGGAUGAAUUAGAGAGAGCAGUUUCAGCUCGUUCAUCUCGACAACAAAGUGAAGAUUAUUCUGAUGACUUUGACAGUGAUGAUGAUGAUGAGGAUGCUGGUUCUUUUGAAAGGUAUUCUGAUACAUCAUUAGAUGAAAAGUCAACUAAUAAAAAUCUUAUUAAUGAUUUUUAUGUGUCCGAUGAUGAAGAAAAUGAUUCUCCAAAAGUAAAUUUUUUGAAAACUAAGACAACAAAUAACAAUGUAACAAAAGAUUUAGUUCCAAUCCUUAUUGAAACAGAAAAAGAAGCAGUAUCAGAUACUUUGGAGAAAAUUGAAAUUAAUUCAUUGAUGGAAGGAAAAGACCAGGAAUUUGAACAAGAAGACAUAAACGGAAAAUCUCCAUCUAGGCUAGUCAAAUUUAUAUCAUCAGAAAACAUCAGCAACUUUGAAAAAGACAACAAUGUUAAAAUCCCUUUACCACGGUUAAGAGGCAUCUUAAGAAAGACUGGCCAUGUAGGCGAUAAAGAUGUACUGGAAGAGGAGGAUAACUCUGUUUUUGCUAAAACACAAUUUUCACAUUCUGCACCUUCAUCUCUGACAAGACUGGGUGGCAAAACCUUAGAAAUUCAGCAAAGAACUCUCUCUGAAAGUCCCAAUUCUGAGGGCCCAUGGUUAACGAGCCCACGGACAGCAUUAGUAAUUCCUCAUCAGCGAUCAACUUCUGAAAAUCUUGGAGACUAUCUUUUUCCUGUGUCUGCAGAAAGAUCUUCUAAAAUAGACCAAGAACAAAUAGUAGAUGAAAAUCAUAAUUUUAUGAAGUCAGGAGAUAGUAACAAAUGUUCCUCUAUAGAAGAACAAAUGGUGAGUAAUACUUUGGAGAAAACAGAACAAAGUCAACUAACCAUUGAAGAGCUUGAAAAAAACAUGAAAUCAAAACUGAUUGUGGAUGAGGACAGAAAAUCUGCCACUUCAAAUGCAAUCCAUAAGUCCCCCAUUUCACUCAAGGGCCUGCUCAAGACUUCAAGACACAUCUCUUCCAAGAAGCUUUAUCUUGAUCUACUUGGAUCUUUUAAAAUGGCAUUUGAAUUCUUAGAAAAAUCUCCUUCUAGGAAAAAACCUCAGCCUACGACUACAUCUUCCCAGUACCUGGGAACUUUAAAGAUCUUGGACCAGAAACCUUCACAAAAACAUAAUCUAGAGCUUGACAAAGCGGAUUCCAUACGGGCAGCUGUAUAUCAGGAUUGGCUUGUGAAGAAAAAUUUAUGUUUUCAAGAACUUCAAAGAGUUAAAAAGAAUGAAGCUGAAAAUUUAAAAAUACAAAAUGAACAGAAAAAAGGAGUCAAGAAGGAAGAAGCAUCAGCCUCUUUUGAAGCAUGGAAAGCGAUGAAAGAAAAGGAAGCAAGGAAAAUGGCCGCCAAAAAGAAACUGGAGGCGAAAAAAUUGAAGAAAAUCGAAGAGGAGAAUGCUGAGAAGAAAGGAGAAGCACAAAAAGCUUUUGAAAAAUGGAAAGAGAAAAAAUUGGAAUAUCUCAAAGAGAAAAACAAAAAGGAGAAAGAAUAUGAAAGAGCAAAGAAAAAGAAAGAGGAAGAAUAUUUUGCUGAAAAGAUUAAAGACAAUUUAUCAGCAGUUGAACGAUGGCAUGAGCAAAAGGACUUUCUCAUCAGGCAGAAGAUGAAAGAGAAAACAAAUGAAAGGAAAAGACAAGAAAUUAAAAAGGUUCAAAAAGAAGAUAAAGAUAGAUUGGCUGUUAAUGAAUAUGAAAAAUGGCUGGAGAAAAAAGAAAGAAAAGCAAAAAUUGAGAGAAAACAAAGGAAACAUCAUGUUGUUUAUACAUCUGAAUCAAUUCCUCCAUGGAGUCCUCCAAGCAAACUUACACCAGCAAAAAAUUAUUGAGAAUUCUACUUCCAAUGCUGUCCAAUCCUUAUUUAAAUGUAACCAAUUUAAAAGGGGUUUCUGAACAUACCUUGUAUAUUUUAUUUUUAGAGUGGAAAUUCCAUUUAAAUUGCAAUCCCAGAAGACUGCUCUAAUGUAAAAGAUAGUUUGAAGUUUAAUGAUGAAAACACUACACAGGCUGUACUUAAGCAGGUUGCCUCAAAAGCCAAGAAGCAGAUUAUUUCAUUUAGACAAAAAAAUCUUCUAUCAUGUCCUUACAAUUCUCCACAAUUAUAUGACUUUAGUCUUGGCUAAUACGUAUAUUCCCUGAUCCCUUUGUGAAACAGAAUCAUUUUAUUUUGCACACCAUCAAGGUACUAUGAUUAUUGAGGUGCUAUUUAAAUAUGUGAAUUUAUAGUACUUUCAUGUCUAUUUUUAAAUAUCUAUUCACUGGAAAAUAUGUAUAACAUUUCCUUUAGCUUAAAGCUAUUAUAUUUGCACUGAAGAAUUUUGGAACCAUGCCAAGUUACUUUUUGGUGAAUAGAGAUAGUUGCUCUAUCAAACUGAUUCCCCGAAUCUUCUUUUUUAAAAAAAAUCAUAUUAUUUCCCCAAAACAAACAUGCAAUUUAAAAAAUAAGUGCAUUUUAACACCUCUGUUCAGGGUUCAAGUGACAGUGAAGAGCACUUUUUAAAGCCCUCUUGUUUCCAAACUCACUUUUGUUUUUGUUCCAUAAUUACCCUGGAGGGAAUAAGUUUUCGAUAACACUAUAGCAUUAUCUUUAUCUAUUUGUCAAGAAAAUUCCAUGGGAGUUCAAAGACAGUGCCAUUAAUAGUAUUUUUCCAAGAAGGAAGUAAAUUUGACAAUGGUAGUUCUCAUGCCAUCUUGCCUGGUCCUUCUAGUGACAUUUGAAAACUAGCUGGUGAAAGGACAUGUGUGCAGGAGUUGGCCACAAAACCAAUUUCCCUCUUUAUACGACCCCUUGGAUUCAUUAGU